UGCCCCGCCUCGUGCGUGCGACGUCACGGGGACGGGGAGAGCUCAGCUCGCGCUCAGACAGCAACAGGUUGUUUCAGAGCUCAGUCCGCUCUGCGCUCUUUAACGGAUCUAACGGGACUCAUCAUGAACCGGACUGGAGCUUCACUGUAUUCCCAGAAACCUUCACUCAAAAACGGACUAACGGGAGGUUAAGAGCGCCCUUCUGUCUCCUGUUUGUACAAAACAUUAACUUCCGUUUGUAUUUUUGACUUUUGCGUUUGAAGUUCUCAUCUCCUAACUUCAGCUAGCAAGCCGCAGAGAAAUGCUACCUUCUGCUCACUUCAGCCUGAGCCUCGGUCCUGUCGGUGUGUUUUUGUAAAAAGCCUAGAAUUAAGCAGACAAACGAGGAUGAUUUCGGAGGAGAGAAGCAGCCACGUAAAUAAACAAACCCUAAACUUCCCUGUGGGUUUGCUCAUCCGCUCUCCCAAGAGGCGCCUGGCCAAACUGGGGAGGAAACCCAGCAAUGGAUCCGUGCAGUCCAACAAAUCGGACAGCACCGUCCGAUCUGCUGAGAGCGUCGGCGUCCGGCAGCCGGCCAAGAGUAAAAUCCGGCGUCACAACAACAAGCUUUCGACCGUUUUCAACUGCAGCCCCAACCUGCGGGACAAUGGGCGGCACGGCCAGGUGGCGGGCGGCAGGAGCCUGUCAGGAGACCCGCAGCUCGCCGACGACCCCGCCGAGUUGUCCAGCCAGUUGUCUGUGCCGGGCAUCCUGAAGAUCUUCGGCAGUGACAUCUGCCAAGGAGCCCACUACAAGAGUGUGCUGGCCACCACUCAGUCCUGUGCCAAGGAGCUGGUGAGGGAGGCUUUAGAGAGGUACUGCCUGGAGAAAGAAGACGCCAACGAUUAUGUGCUGUGUGACGUGAUUGGUCAGACAGGUGCUGAUAACCAGUGGAAGAGGGAGUGCUUCCGAGUGGUGGCUGACAAUGAGCGGCCCCUCAUGCUGCAGUCUUUGUGGAAGCCCAAGGACGGCUUCUCCAGAAGGUUUGAGAUCCAGCGGCGAGCUGCUGUGGAGGAGCAGAGCUUGAAGGACACGGACACAAUCACAGCAGGUAUCAAUGCCCAGGCUCGUAAACUUCAGAAGAACCGUUCCAGGGUGGCCUCGCUGUUUGUGGACAGCAGCGGGGAAGAUGCAGACAGUCCCGGGUUCUGGAGAAGCUUGAGUGAAAUGGAUCUGUCUGCAAUGGGGAAGGAGGCCAGCCGGGCCAAACAGAGUGCGCUCAGGGAGGACCUGGAAGUGGAGGCAGACAAGGAGGUGCUGCGGCUCGGCAUGGAGAAGGAAGAGACGGAGAGCAGCGAUGACAACACCACCCAGUACUCCAUCCACCCACCCUUUGACUUCCCCUACUUCCUCCUGCUGCAGGGAUAUAACCACAGACAGGAUUUUGUCAUCUACCUGAUGAGCGGGACCACCACCAUCUUCGGCUGCUGCAGGGAGCACUGUAACGGAGAAGACGAGGAGAGGUUAAAAGUGGACAUCCUUCUUUUUGCUCCUGAUGUGUUACCGCAGCACUGCUGCGUCAAACGCCUGGACUCUAACAGCCCAACACCCACAGGAAAGCACAAAAAGACACUUACAAUGCUGAAGCCUCUCCACAGUGCUCCUGUGACCAGAAAUGGUUUCCUUCUGAAAGAGGAAGURGAACUGAGUCCAGGGGAUUUGGUGGGCCUGGGAAAACAUUACUUGUUCAUGUUUAAGGAUCCUACCAGCACAUCAGGACCCCUCAACUCUCCACCUUGGAUGACCAGACUCUGCCCGAACUUGAACUCUUGUUUGUCGUGUGGCUCCACCGUCGCCGUUAAACAGUUCCAGAGGAAGCCGUUAGCAUCUCGAUGGAGAGACCUCGAAGGCACGGAGGCGUCGUUAAGCUACGAGCUGGAGCAAGAAGAAAGAGUUCUUCAGCAGAUUCUGGACACGGUAGACCCCAGUGGGAGUGAGCCAAAACUGACGCCAGCUUUCCUGCUGAUUCUCUGCAUCCAGCACUCGGCCUCCACGUUCGAGUUAACGCACUUCAGGCAGCUGCUGCUCAGGAUAGCCAGCCAGAUCCAGCUGGUCGCAUGGGAGAAGACAAAGAAACUUGCUGCAAUCCAGCCAGAAAUGAGCUGUGGUGAUGGGCAGCCUGAGCAGCUUCAGAUGCUCAGCAUGAAGGAGCUGAUCCCAGGUCUGCAGCCGCUGGCGCUGUGGAUGGCCAACUCCAUCGAGCUGCUGCACUUUAUCCAACAUGAGGUUCCUCAGCUGCUACCCUGGAGGCAGAACCGCCGGCACGCAGAUCUGCUGGACUCUGAGCUGUCCUCCACUCGGACCGCCUGUGAGGAGGCCAUGACAGUCCUGGAGGAAGUCAUCAUGUUUACGUUCCAGCAGUCCGUCUACUAUCUAACAAAGAGUAUGUAUUCYGCUCUGUCCAGCCUGCUGGAUGGGAACCCGUUCUCAGAGAGCGGUCAGCUGCAAGUGCCUGAUGGGCURGGUACCAUCCUGGACGUGCUCAAAGAGGCGCUGAAGCUCCUGACCGCCUUCCAGGUGCACCCAGACAUCUCGCUACAACURUGCGCCUACCUGUUCUUCUUCAUCAAUGCAUCGCUCUUCAACUCGCUCAUGGAGAGAGGCUCUGUUGCUGGAUUCUACCAGUGGUCCCGCGGUGUGCAGAUCCGGGCCAACUUGGACCUGUUGUUGGAUUGGAUCCAGAGCAUUGGUCUGGGCGAUCUAGCCACUGAAUUCUUCCAGAAGCUGUCUGCUGCUGUCAAUCUGCUGGCCACACCUAAAGAAACCCUGCUGCAGGCGUCCUGGGCUUCUCUCAGGACCGAGUUCGCUGCUCUGAAAGCGGCCCAGCUUCACCACAUGCUGAGGGAGUACAGCGCCGGUAAGACCUGUCCCCGCGGAUGGAGCCCAGCUCCAGAAGAGUCAGAGGACGCUCUCAGGACCGCGGACAUCCUGGAGAGCUUUGAUGACCACCCGCCGCUCAUCCUGCCCAGCAGCACCUUCCACCUGGAGCUGGGGAAACCUCUGGUGGAGCCGGCUCURUUUGAACAGCUGGCUCACCUGCAGGAGUUCCUUCGUCAGCUACCRGCCACCCAAACUCAAGCUGAAAGGGAUGGAGACGAACAGGCUGCUAACACGACAAACACAGACGGUCCAACGGGGAACUCCCCCUGCGCUACACCUUUUAAGGAUCCCGCUCAUCAGGUGGUCUCUGAGGCCUCGACCUGGUUCAGUCCUGAGGCAGACCCCGACCGUGCCUCCCCUGGAGAACCACCGCAGGUCCGAGGAUCUCACGGGGACCUGAGCAGUUGUGAAGCAGUUCUCACCCAGAAGCUGAAAAGCCUGCAGCUGCAGAACGACCUCCCAGGACAGGAGGACCUGAGCUUCCACAAGAGCCUGGCUCUGGACCCGUCGUGUCUGCUCACUCCACCCAACACCCCGCAGGGGAUGGAGCUGGCUGAGCUGGAGGCCGGUCUACAGGAGGGCGCCCGGCAGCUGAGGAAAGUGGGUGGAAACUCUGCAACAGGAAACAGGGAAGCAGAAGAAGACAAAGAGGAAGUGUUCACGGUGGAGGUCCACAGAGGGCCACAUGGUCUCGGCCUGGCGCUCGUUGAUGGGACGAAAACGCCGCUGAGAAUGAGUGGCAUUUAUGUGAAGUCAGUUGUUCCCGACUCUCCGGCUGCUCUGUGUCAGAAACUGAGAACAGGAGACCGGAUCCUGGCUGUGAACGGAGUCAGCCUGGUUGGGAUGGAAUAUAAUGUCGGCAGAGAGUUGAUCCGAUCAUCAGGAGACUCUCUCCGGCUGCUCGUCGCCAAGAUGGACACGAAAACCAGCAGCAAGAKUUCAGUUACAACUAAAUGCUGAAGGAACGUCUCUGCUGAUGAUAAAAUGGAGCUGAUUUCUUAUUAAUUUGUUCACUUCUUAUUUUUGGAGUGUUUCUGGUGUGAAAGCACCGAGACGAUUGACCAAAGCAACAKCAAACACAGACUAUCGGACAGAAACUGAAAUCUUUAAUUAUCUCUACAGAUUGAGCUCUUCUGUCUGAGAAUCACUGAGCAGCUCCUGGAUCUGUCACCUCUGGCUUUAACUGGAAAAUUAUUUAAUGUUAACUUAUAUCUGCUUAAAAACUACAUUUUACCAAAUGUUUCUUUUUUUUUUACCGUAUCCAGUUUUAUAGUAAAUUAGAAAGUUUUAAAAAAGGUAUAAUUACUAAGGGAAAAAAGAGGAGGCAUCUUUUAAUCUAUUAAUUAUAUAAGUUUUCCCAAAAUAAGUAAGUAAUACCAAAAAGGAUUUGUAAAUGUUAUACAAACUGUUUGAGUUUGUCGAUUUGUUUCAUUGUUUGGUGUCAGUAAAGUGAAACAAGCAAAGUGAGGAGGGUUAAACACGGUUCUAUCAAUCAUUCCUGUUCAUGUUGUGAUGGUUUAAACACUUGUUUUUCCAUCAUUUGUUGCUGUUUUAAUUGAUCAUUUGUAAAGCAGCCAGGAUAUUUUCACACAACACAAGGCGUUGAUGAAUGAGCAGAAAAAGCUCUUUAAUUUGUCAUUUCUGCUGUGAAAUUACUUCACUUAUUACACACAAUGAAACCUUUUCUCUUUUUUUUUCUGCUGCCAAAAUAACACAAAUUGUAGAAAUCAGUUUGUUUUUCAUGUUGGACUACAAAUUUAAACUUUUCAAAACCUAUAUUGAUAAAAAUCUACUUAAUAUUUUAACUAAAAUAUAUUUUACUGCAUAAAUAAAGUAUUUUUGUCUUUUUAUCUCAGAUGUUGACAUCUACACGACACUAAAGUGUUGCAGGUGGGAAGAAUAAAAGCUGCUCUGUUAAUAAAAGGUCUUUCAGCUCCUGCAGCGGCCGAUUCAAGACAAACAUGUUUCUGUGUAAACAGUGUUAAAGUUCACACAAAGUAUUUUUUGUAAUAUUUAUAUUGUGCAGUAUUUUCAGAUGGAAUAAAUGUGAUUUUUGUCUUUGGGAA